CCUCGAUGACGCAGACGGCGGGAGUCCAGCAGAGAAGUAAACAGUCAGUGUAUCAUUGAUCAGUGUUAACAAUGGAAAGCAGAUGUUCUGCAGUAAACACGCUGUAAAGCUUCUGCACACUCCACAUCAGCAGAACACGCAGGAGAAUCUUCAUGUGAGCUCGGUGCGCAGGUGUGAUGCAGGCAGUGGAGGAAGCGGAGUCCUCGCUCUCAGACAGAGUGGAGGUGAUGGGUGUGAGGGAGCAGGAGGACAAAUCCACAGAAGAGGACACAGAAAAAGAAAGAGAAGAGGCCACUAAAGCUGAGGACAUGACAGAGGACGAAAAAGAUGAGGAGAAAGACAAAGAGUUUACAGAAGCAGACAAACAGACAGAGGGAACAAAGGAGGACGAAGACAUGACCAACGGAGGCCAGACCCAGCAGGAGGAAGACGACUGGGAAAUCCCGUACAGUGACGAGGAGCUGGAGGACCCUAAAAACUGGAUGCCUCCACCUGAGGAGAUCAAGCGCCUGUAUGAGCUGCUGGCUAAAGGAGAAAUGCUGGAGCUGAAGUGGAUCCCUCUGCCUCGCAGAGCUCCAACUCCACCACGCACUCCUUCUCCAGAGAGAGACGGAGAGAACUCGGACGAGGACAAACAGGAGGAGAGUGAGCGCAAGCCUCCCACACCCACUGAGUUUGAUUUUGAUGAAGAGCAAACCUCAGUGACUCCCAAGAAUGCUUUCUUUGGCCGGCGCAGAACACCAGGCUCCUCUGCCCGUUCCACAGUGAAGCGAACAGCUCAGCUCGAUAAGGUGCUCUCUGAUAUGAAGCGCCAUCAAAAGCUCGAAGAGCAGAUCCUCAGGACGGGUCGUGACCUUUUCAAAAGCGAAAAAUCCACACAGCAGCGCUCAUCUCCCAGCACUCAGCGGGAAAGAGACAAGGAGAGAGAGAGAGACAGCGACCCCAGCACCAUCUUCAGUCCCAGACAGAGGAGAUACUGAGUGAAUAUAGAGGAAUCGGGACAAGUUUGGGUCACACCCUUAUUUUGGGCCUAUGAUCCAUUUCAUUUUUAAGAACAGAUGAUGACUUGUUUCUUUGUUUAUUUUGUGUGUGUGUGUGUGUGUGGUUUUUUUUUUUUUGUUUGUUUGUUUUUUUUACAAUCAGGUUUAAACACACUUGUGGAUUUGAGUGAUUCUGUUAACAAGAAAUGUAUGAAAGAGAUACCAGGCAAAACAUUAUUCAGUUUAAUAAACGUCUUAUGUUGAUGAUA